AUGGCGCUCUCCGGUUCAUGUGCCCUCCUGGGGCGACAUGGAUUUAACCGGAGUGCAGUGAAAAAUGUUUAUAAUUCAUGGAACAAUUCAUUGCUGCGGAAUACCCCAAAGGGAAUAAUAUCGAGAUGUGUAAGUCAAACAGAUAUGCAUCAUAUAAUUCACGAAGGGGAGCCCCAAUUACGUCCGAAGAAAAUCAGCAAAGCCAUGAAGGCGUAUAUCCAGCGAGCUAAGGAAUAUGAGGAAUUUAUCCUCAAAGAAAGUAGAGAAUUCGAUGUUGGAAAGAGACAUCUUGCUAAUAUGAUGGGACAGCCCGCAGAAACAUUCACCCAAGACGACGUGAACGCUGCCCUCAAGUAUCUGUUUCCGUCUGGCUUGUUCGAGCCCAGAGCACGGCCAAUUAUGGAUGAUCCGAAAAAGAUAUUUCCAGCGAAGAAAGCUGCACAGUUUGACGAAGAGGGGAGGCCCUUUCAUUUCCUCUUUUAUACCAGAACCCCUAAUUUUUAUCAAGCUCUUUAUAUUAAUACUUGGUUGAUUAUUUAUGUAAAUCAGGAUCUAGUCGAACACAUGGAGCAAUUGGAUAAGAUGCAGGAUAAUGAGAUUCGUCAGGGGUUGCAGCCAACUCCCGAGAAUAAAAUGGAUUUAAUUUCAUCCUCUUGGUUAUCACAAGAUGAUAUGGAGAAAAUAUUUCUGGAGCCUUUGGCGGAGAGACAGUACAAUUACUUCAUAGCAUCAGCUCAGCGCCUGGCAGAUCAUCCGUAUUCUGCUGUCUGCGAGGAUUUCCUCAUGCGAUUCCGGAAACUACGCAAGGCGGAAGUCGGAGGCCUGCUGCAGUAUAAUGAUCAAGGAAGACCCUACGUCGUAGUAUCACAAUGUAGACAGAAAACUGCAACGGCGGAAGUUAAACUCUGGGGUGAUGGCUCAGGCCAGAUAAAAAUCAACUCCAAAGAUAUCACCUACUUCGAAAGAAUUCAUCAUCGUGAACAAGUACGUUUUUUAUCAUACAAAAAAUACACAAACGCAUAG